AUGUAUAGACUCGGAGUUCGACGCUUCGCGACCACGGCGCGGCGGGCCGCGGAAACAGCAGUUCAAAUGGAAGCACCAAAUCAAUACGGAAUUUCUGUAUCAAAAGCUCAAGGCAUCGUCAAGGGUCUAACAGGAGGCCAGUCUAUCGGUAACACGCCCCUAAUACGCUUAAACCACAUCUCCGAUCAGACCGGUUGCGAGGUCCUAGGAAAAGCAGAAUUUCAGAACCCAGGCGGCUCCAUCAAAGACCGGGCCGCUUUGUAUGUCGUAAAAGAUGCCGAAGAGCGAGGACUGUUACAACCAGGUGGGACGGUCGUCGAAGGCACAGCUGGAAAUACCGGUAUCGGACUCGCGCACGUAUGCAGAUCCAAGGGAUAUAAACUUGUAAUCUACAUGCCAAACACGCAAUCGCAAGGCAAGAUCGAUCUAUUGCGGUUACUUGGAGCAGAAGUGUACCCCGUGCCAGCAGUUGCGUUUGAUAACCCGGAGAAUUAUAACCAUCAAGCGAAACGACAUGCCGAAAGGUUGGAGAACGCGGUAUGGACUAAUCAGUUUGAUAAUAUUGCGAAUCGAAGGGCACAUAUCGAGACUACGGGACCGGAAAUCUGGGCGCAGACUAAAGGGAAGGUCGAUGCGUUCACUUGUGCCACUGGGACGGCUGGGACUCUGGCAGGUGUGACGCGGUAUCUGAAGACGGUGUCGAAUGGGAAGGUUAAGUGCUUCCUAGCUGAUCCGCCGGGGAGUGUGUUGCAUUCGUAUAUUCAGUCUGGGGGGAAACUGAACGACCGGACGGGCUCGAGUAUCACGGAGGGCAUUGGGCAGGGGCGGGUUACCGAUAAUUUGAAACCCGAUAUUGAUCUUUUGGAUGGGUCGAUGAAUAUCAGCGAUGAGAGGAGCAUUGAGAUGGUCUAUCGGUGCUUGGAUGAAGAGGGAUUGUAUUUGGGAGCUAGCUCAUGUCUGAAUGUUGCGGCAGCGAAGGAGGUCGCGGAGAAGCUUGGAAGGGGACACACAGUGGUGACCGUUCUAUGCGAUGGCGCUUACAGAUACGCGGACAGAUUGUUCUCGAAGAAGUGGUUGACAGAGAAGAAACUGCUUGGUGCUAUCCCAAAGCAUCUGGAGAAGUACAUAGUCCUGCCAUAA